GUGCAGCCUGAGCAGCCUCGACGGGUUGAGCUUGCGAGCAAGCGACGACAGCACUCCGUUGGCUGGUGCAAGCAGCAUUUUCGCACACAUCGGAGAGGACAACGCAUCGAUUGCGGGCCCUCGGCACUGUGCAAUCACAGCAGCAGCAAUAGAUCGAGCUGCGCUGUAGCAGCGCACUCGCAGGGUUAGUGAGCGUCCGUUACGCCAUCGACGCGACGCCGUCCCGGUCACUACUGCGUCGACAAGCGGUGCGCAGCCAUGCUCGCCGCCCGCCGCGUCGUCAGCGCGGCGACGCGCGGCCGCCGCUUCUCCAAGUUCGCCUUCGUCGGCGCCGGUAAAAUGGCCGAGGCGAUGCUCGCGCCGCUGCAGGAAACCACGAUCGAAAAUGAGACGCCAUCGGUAAGUUUCUACGACGUGUCGUGCGCCGUCGCUAAAAGGGUGGCGGAAAAGUACCCUUCCUUAACGCGGGCGGAAUCUCUCGACGAGUGUGUCGAUGGAGCGGACGUCGUCGUGCUGUGCACGAAGCCCCAGAACUGCGACGCUGUGUUUGCGGACUUGAGGCCUGUCGUGCAAAAUCAAAAAACGCCGCCCGUAUUACUCAGCAUCUUGGCGGGCGUGCCGACGGAGCGAUUUAGAGCGGGUUUAGGAUUGCAGAAAGUCGCUAGGGCCAUGCCCAAUACCCCAGGACAAAUAGGCUGUGGCGUGACGGUGUGGACCGCGGGCGAACACAAAGAGCUGUUCACAGACGCCGAUAUAGAGCGGUGCAAGGGCGCGCUCGGCGCGUUGGGCAAGGAGAUCUACGUCGAGGAAGAAAGCUAUGUGGACAUGUCCACGAGCAUCUCCGGCUCCGGUCCGGCAUAUAUAUUUUUACUGAUCGAAGCGAUGGUCGACGCGGGCGUCCAAGAAGGCUUCUCGCGCGAAGUCGCAACAACUUUGGUGCAUCAGACCAUCCUCGGCUCCGUCAAGUACGCGAUGGAGUCCGGCGAGCACCCGGCGGUCCUCAAGAACUCCGUCACUUCUCCUGCUGGUACUACUGCCUCCGCUAUUUAUGAACUUGAGAAAGGAAACUUCAGAACAGUUGUCCAGGACGCGAUCUGGGCCUGCUAUCGGCGAAGCUUGGAGAUGGGCGGGCUCGACUCGAACGUCGGGCCGGGGCGCUCGGCGGGCCCCAAGCCGACCACAGAAUUCCCGGACAUGAACGGUAACUAACUAGUUUUAUUAUCCGACCUCUUCUGCUUCUUCUUCGCGCGCUCCUUCUUCUUCAGGGCCGACGCGUUCGCCCUUACCACAGCCGCGAGUUGGGCCUGAAACUUGACGAGGUCGGCGCCGUUCACAACAGUAGAAAGCUUCUUCUUCUCCGUCUUCGCCCUUACUAAAACGCCGAAGCGCGCCGGCGCCGUCUCGACGGUCGCGUCGUCACCGCCCUGGCCGCGCUUUGGCCUCUGCUGGAGCCGCUUGUGCGUGAUCGUGAGCGAGCCGGCGUCGCGCGUCGCCUGGAAGAGCUUCGUGAGCUCGCUCAAGAACCUCGCCUCGUCGAGCUGGACCAUUGGUUUGGUCGCGCGCCCGCGCGGCUCGCGGCUGUGCAGUGGGUGCUCUCGCUAGGCUGGUCUGCUAGCGCCGGUGCAGAAAGCGAUGCAAGAUUCGUGCGUCGUCGUCGCGGCAGCUAUUUAUUUGCAACUUCCUGUGCAGCGCGUGAGUUAUGCGCGUAGUUUGGAGCGUCGCUUUUGCGCUUUGGCCUUGCCCAAGC